AUGGCGACAGAGAAUUUUAUGCCCCGAGUCGGCCGCGUAAACAAGCGAACAGUCUCAUUUGUCAAUAUGUCAUGGAUUUAUUUGAUGCGCCUUAAUCCGAGAGCCUGUAUCGAGAGUCAUCGGAGGUUAAUCUAUAAGGCGGGCAGCGGCGACAUCAAAUUCGACCAGCGAAUGGAUAGAGUGUAUUUCUUUCUUUCUUUCUUUCUUUCUUUCUUUCUUUCUUUCUUUCUUUCUAUGUCUUUUUACUAUCUGUCUAUGUCUUUUUACUAUCUAUCUAUCUAUCUAUCUAUCUAUCUAUCUAUCUAUCUAUCUAUCUAUGUCCGUAUAUUCAAUUAUACCGAAUUCAGCCUGUCCCAAUAUUUGGCUAGCCAGCCAGAUAUUCGACCAGCCGAGUCGAAGCCAACGCCAAACGUUGUAAUUACAGCCACGGCCCGUUCCUCGAUCGUCAGGCUCGGCGACCAACUCUCCAUUUCAAAAUAUUGUCCCUGCUUUAACCGUAAUCUCAACACGAAUCAACCACCCACCUAUUGGUUCAGCCUCGAGUUAGCUAUCAUUUUCAAAAAUCUUUUUUUUUUUUAUCUCCAUUUUGAAUUUAUUUCCGAUACUGGAAGUUUCCUGUCUUUUGUUCUUUCACUUUUGUGUUUUCUUUUUCUUAAUCAUUCUUUCUUUCUUUCUUUCUUUCUUUCUUUCUUUCUUUCUUUCUUUCUUUCUAAUAUAGUUUCUUUUUUCUUUUUUCUAAUAUAUUUCUUUUUUACUAUAGUUUUCUUUCUUUCUAAUAUAGCUUUGUUUAUUUGUUCUAAUAUAGUUUUCUUUCUUUCUUUUUAUCUAAUGCAGCUUUUUCUUUUUUAUCUUCAUAAUGUAGUCCAUUCUUACUUUAUUUUUUUUUCUUUCUUUAUAAUAUAUAUAAGUUCUUUCUUUCUUUCUUUCUUUCUCUUUAUUAUAGUUUUUCUUUCUCAUAUAAUUCUUUCUUUCUUUUCCUCUAAUAUAACUUCUUUCCUUCCUUCUUUUUUAUAUUGCCUUUUCCUUUUAAUUUUAAUAUAUUCUUUCUUUCUUUUUAAUAUAGUUUUUCUUUCUCAUAUAAUUCUUUGUUUCUUUUCCUCUAAUAUAACUUCUUUCUUUCCUCCUUUUUUAUAUUGCCUUUUCCUUUACAUUUUAAUAUACAAAUCAGUUAUUCAUUAUUUCUUUCUGUUCAUUCUUCCUCUUCUAGUUUCUUUCUUAGUUGCAUUCUUUUUCUUUCUUAAGUUUUCUUAUAUCGAAAUUUUUUACAUUUUUUCUAAUAUAUUUCUUUCUUUGUUUCUUUCUUUAUUUCUUUCUUUCUUUCUUUCUUUCUUUCUUUCUAAUAUAAUUCUUUCUUUCUUUUUUAUAGCUCUUUUAUUUAUUCUUUCUGUAGCGCUGAUUUUUCUUUCUUUAAAUAAAAAUUUCUUUCUUUUUCUCUAA